CUCGAGUUAUAUGAAUAAAAUGAGGGCAUUUAAACUAACAGUUUUCUUCGCUUCUGUAUUGGUGGUUUGUCGCGGAGAAGUGGCGAAAAAGGACAAAAGAGGGCUCUUAGGUCUUGGAUAUGGCUCCGGAAUUGGUCAUUUAGGAUCAGGCAGUCUAUCUCUAGGACAUGGAUUAGGUUUAGGCGGUGGUUUAGGUCUAGGCCUAUCCUCAGCAGAUAUCGGCCUAGGAGGAACGAGCUCUCACUCCGUUUCGACCAUAAACCGAGCAGUACCGAUUCCAGUACCUCAACAUUAUCCGGUACCCGUCGAUCGUCUGGUACCCAUACCUCACCCUGUACCUGUACCAGUCGAUGUGCCUCGCCUGGUGCCCGUGUCGGUGCCUAAACCUUAUCCUGUUACCAUUACCAGGACGAUACCGUACGAUGUGCCUCGUCCUGUAGCCGUGCCAGUACCGCAUCCUGUACCGGUCUCGGUACCGGCGUCCUUGUCUUUAUCUCACGGGUACUCGGGCUUGGAACUCGGGCAUGGAUUGGGUUCUGGUUUGAUAAGCGGUCACGGUUUGGGCGGAUUAGGUUUGGGAGGUUUGGGCAAAGGGAUUUCCUUAGGGAAAGGAUGGUGAUUAUAUAAUUUUGAUUGUUAAUUAUACGAGCUUUUGUAGGUAUGAAAAUAAAUGUUUUAUUUUAU